UCCUUUUCGUACUCUCAUUCAACCCGACAUGAGCUGUUAAUUUUUUUUGCCCCUGAAUUUUCCAGUCCCCAUGGAAGAUGUCUAAUGUAAAUGUCAGCACUGUAUAUCAAUGGUGUAACUGUUUAUACACCUUCAGAACGCCUUUUCUUUUCUCUAAAGCAGCUGAGGAGAACAUCUGUCUUGAGCAACAUGAGACUCAAAUCACACCACAUGCAGCAACGCUCACCAACAGCUCUGGGGUGCAAUCAACAUCGCCUUGGGCAUUGUUGUUGCAAAACGAAUUUAAAACCUAUCAUUGGUAAGCGCUCAAUGGAGCAGAAGAAGCCACACAGGAUUGUGACCUGCCUACUGUUUUGCAUGAGGGAUCGCGUCAAGAUGGAGCAGAUGCAGCCGGAGAACACCACAAGCAAACUGAGGGAGCUGGCCCUCAAAUGGUUCACUGAGACCCAGGCUCCACUCAUCCUUCACAAAGGCAACUUUCCCGCCUGGUUCCAGGGCUUUAUCAGCAGAAAGGAUGCAGAAGAUCAUCUGAGAGAUAAAGAACUGGGCUGUUUCCUUAUUCGCCUCAGUGAUAAAGCCACUGGAUACAUUCUGUCAUAUCGAGGACGUGACCGGUGUCGGCACUUUGUCAUCAACCAGAAUAAGGAGGGGCAGUUUAUUGUUACAGGAGACACAGAAAUGCAUGAUACACUUACCAGCCUUAUCGAGUAUUAUAAGACCAGUCCGAUUGAGCCAUUUGGUGAAUACUUGACAGUGUCUUGUUUUGAGGUGCCUACAAAUGAUCUCUAUGAUGUGGUGCAGUUUGAGCCUAAGUUAAAGUCAGGAGUGAGUGUCGAGGCAGUGAGAAAGAUGUGGAACCAGCGAGCCGAACAGGCAGCCCAGUACCAGAGUGCUCCAACCUUGCCACCUAAGAGCACUAAAAACACCCCAGGUAUCCCUCCAGUUCCAAAAAGAGGUUGCCCAAUAAAAACUGGCUCCCUGGAGGAAAAAAGCAGUUCAGAGAGCAAGACACUACUAUAUGCCCAGCUGGAACAGGCCAGGCUUCUGGAAAGCAGAGCUAGUGAUGCAAGAUCUGUACAGCCGAGACACAGUGGAGUAGUGCCAGGUUUUGCCCCACCAGACGUUACAGCCAAGGACAUGCGUGCACAUGGAAAGGGUACUGUUUACUCAGAACUCAGCCUUUCAGACUGCAGGAGUAAAUCACUCCCCUUACUGGAUGAUAACACAAAGGAAGAUAAUUUGUACAAGCUGAACAACUCCACCAUGAACCCACCUCAGCUGUCCCCUAAAGUACAGAGAGAGAACGCUAAGAAAACCAGCAGCCAAGAGAUGCCAAACCACAGCCACAGUCUGGAUAUGCUACGUGAUUAUUCCUUGUAUCAGCUAGCUGGCCAAUUUGCCAAUCAAAAUGGCAAAGAGCAGCCUGAGAAGAAUUAUGUAACAUAUGCUGAAGUGCCUAAUGAAAUCAGGGCAAACGAUUUGCUGUUAGAGAACACUUAUGAGCAAAUUCCUGAAUCAAGGUCCACUACAAACCCAGAGGAUAACUUUGUUCAAGUAAACACCUACGAGACACUACCAGACUUUAAACCAAAGCCAAAUGAGUCAGCAUGGGGCUUUAAGAGUGACAAAUGGAAAAGACUUCUCCCUGAAAACUGGAAGAAAUGAUCGAAUUUUCAUUCACUAUAUCAACUUUUUCAUAUGCUGUAAACACACAAAUCAUGUAAGUUACACUAAAAACAAAAGUCAGUUUAUUGACCUUAUUUAUGUUAAGGCUAUUCUAAAUACAUUCAUAUGAAUAAAAUGCAGAUAUUAGUUCGAUUCCUGUGUUCUUAACACAUACGUUUUGAAUUGUGUAGAAAUAUUUAAGUGUGUAUGUUUUUAUUUUGUAUUUAUUAAUUUAA